AUGGGGCUGGACUCACCAGUGAUUAUGGCUGAGGUGAUGAUGACGAGGGGGCUGGUGGAGGCGGCCCGACUGGAGCAGCAGGCUAUGACAAUGGACCCGAGACCAGUGAUUGACCAGCACCCGGUGCUGCACGUGGAGAAGGAUAGGGGUACCUGCACAAGAGGCAAUGAUGGGCUCGAGGCAGAGAGUGGCACAAUUAGCUGUGGUGAUGAGUGCCCCACCUGCGAAUCAGUAGCAUCUGGUGGCGAGCUGAGGCGCAACUGGUCAAAGCAGUGCAUCACCAGCAUGUCGCUAACACUGACCCCUCCCAUCCUGUCUUGUCUCAACUCAUUGCCUCCCCUCGCCCCUGCCCUCUGCUCGCCUCCACUGCCCUCUGCUCGCCUCCACUGCCCUCUGCUCGCCUCCACUGCCCUCUGCUCGCCUCCACUGCCCUCUGCUCGCCUCCACUGCCCUCUGCUCGCCUCCACUGCCCUCUGCUCGCCUCCACUGCCCUCUGCUCGCCUCCACUGCCCUCUGCUCGCCUCCACUGCCCUCUGCUCGCCUCCACUGCCCUCUGCUCGCCUCCACUGCCCUCUGCUCGCCUCCACUGCCCUCUGCUCGCCUCCACUGCCCUCUGCUCGCCUCCACUGCCCUCUGCUCGCCUCCACUGCCCUCUGCUCGCCUCCACUGCCCUCUGCUCGCCUCCACUGCCCUCUGCUCGCCUCCACUGCCCUCUGCUCGCCUCCACUGCCCUCUGCUCGCCUCCACUGCCCUCUGCUCGCCUCCACUGCCCUCUGCUCGCCUCCACUGCCCUGCCCUCUGCUCGCCUCCACUGCCCUGCCCUCUGCUCGCCUCCACUGCCCUGCCCUCUGCUCGCCUCCACUGCCCUGCCCUCUGCUCGCCUCCACUGCCCUGCCCUCUGCUCGCCUCCACUGCCCUGCCCUCUGCUCGCCUCCACUGCCCUGCCCUCUGCUCGCCUCCACAGCCCUGCCCUCUGCUCGCCUCCACUGCCCUGCCCUCUGCUCGCCUCCACUGCCCUGCCCUCUGCUCGCCUCCACUGCCCUGCCCUCUGCUCGCCUCCACUGCCCUGCCCUCUGCUCGCCUCCACUGCCCUGCCCUCUGCUCGCCUCCACUGCCCUGCCCUCUGCUCGCCUCCACUGCCCUGCCCUCUGCUCGCCUCCACUGCCCUGCCCUCUGCUCGCCUCCACUGCCCUGCCCUCUGCUCGCCUCCACUGCCCUGCCCUGCCCUGCCCUCUGCUCGCCUCCACUGCCCUGCCCUCUGCUCGCCUCCACUGCCCUGCCCUCUGCUCGCCUCCACUGCCCUGCCCUCUGCUCGCCUCCACUGCCCUGCCCUCUGCUCGCCUCCACUGCCCUGCCCUCUGCUCGCCUCCACUGCCCUGCCCUCUGCUCGCCUCCACUGCCCUGCCCUCUGCUCGCCUCCACUGCCCUGCCCUCUGCUCGCCUCCACUGCCCUGCCCUGCCCUGCCCUCUGCUCGCCUCCACUGCCCUGCCCUCUGCUCGCCUCCACUGCCCUGCCCUCUGCUCGCCUCCACUGCCCUGCCCUCUGCUCGCCUCCACUGCCCUGCCCUCUGCUCGCCUCCACUGCCCUGCCCUCUGCUCGCCUCCACUGCCCUGCCCUGCCCUGCCCUCUGCUCGCCUCCACUGCCCUGCCCUGCCCUGCCCUGCCCUCUGCUCGCCUCCACUGCCCUGCCCUGCCCUGCCCUCUGCUCGCCUCCACUGCCCUGCCCUGCCCUGCCCUCUGCUCGCCUCCACUGCCCUGCCCUGCCCUGCCCUCUGCUCGCCUCCACUGCCCUGCCCUGCCCUGCCCUCUGCUCGCCUCCACUGCCCUGCCCUGCCCUGCCCUCUGCUCGCCUCCACUGCCCUGCCCUGCCCUGCCCUCUGCUCGCCUCCACUGCCCUGCCCUGCCCUGCCCUCUGCUCGCCUCCACUGCCCUGCCCUGCCCUGCCCUCUGCUCGCCUCCACUGCCCUGCCCUGCCCUGCCCUCUGCUCGCCUCCACUGCCCUGCCCUGCCCUGCCCUCUGCUCGCCUCCACUGCCCUGCCCUGCCCUGCCCUCUGCUCGCCUCCACUGCCCUGCCCUGCCCUGCCCUCUGCUCGCCUCCACUGCCCUGCACUGCCCUGCCCUCUGCUCGCCUCCACUGCCCUGCCCUGCCCUGCCCUGCCCUCUGCUCGCCUCCACUGCCCUGCCCUGCCCUGCCCUCUGCUCGCCUCCACUGCCCUGCCCUGCCCUGCCCUCUGCUCGCCUCCACUGCCCUGCCCUGCCCUGCCCUGCCCUCUGCUCGCCUCCACUGCCCUGCCCUGCCCUGCCCUCUGCUCGCCUCCACUGCCCUGCCCUGCCCUGCCCUCUGCUCGCCUCCACUGCUCUGCCCUGCCCUGCCCUCUGCUCGCCUCCACUGCCCUGCCCUGCCCUGCCCUGCCCUCUGCUCGCCUCCACUGCCCUGCCCUGCCCUGCCCUGCCCUCUGCUCGCCUCCACUGCCCUGCCCUGCCCUGCCCUGCCCUGCCCUGCCCUCUGCUCGCCUCCACUAUGAUUGAGAGCUGGAUCCAGGUGGUACUGAGCUGGUAUCCAGUGUCACAGUUGAUGAGAUUCUCUGUGAUCUUCAUCUCAACAGAUUUUGGGACAGUGUCAUAA